AUGGACAAAUUUGCACACCAAAAAUUAGGUGCGUCGGGAUUAUCAAUUUCACCUAUUAUCGUAGGCUAUAUGACUUUCGGCAGUAAGGAUUACCACUCAUGGGUUAUUGAUGACGAAGAAACAAGUAUGAACAUUUUAGAGAAAUUUUACGAUAAUGGCUUGAUAACUUUUGAUACAGCUGAUGUAUAUUCGAAUGGCAAAUCUGAAAUUCUUUUAGGUAAAUUUAUCAAGAAAUAUAACAUUCCAAGAGAAAGAAUUGUAAUUCUCACAAAAGUAUAUUCACCUAUGGAUUAUAAUGAUUCCAAUUUCAGUCUAUUCAAAUGUGGAACAGCGAAUAUCCUGAGAUAA